GUCCUCCCGCCUUCCCGCCUUCCCGCCUCCACGCGAUCGCGCCGUCCCGCCCCACGCCUCCAGACCCCUGGACUCCAGCCCCAAACGCCCACACGCGGCCCCCGGUGCUCGGCCGCAGCCUCUCCGCCGCCGUCCGCCGCCGUCAUGAACAUCCGCAGUGCCCGGCCGGACGACCUGAUGAACAUGCAGCACUGCAACCUCCUCUGCCUUCCCGAGAACUACCAGAUGAAGUACUAUUUCUACCACGGCCUCUCCUGGCCGCAGCUCUCGUACAUCGCUGAGGACGAGGGCGGGAAGAUUGUGGGCUACGUCCUGGCCAAGAUGGAAGAGGACCCCGACGACGUACCCCACGGACACAUCACCUCCCUGGCCGUAAAGCGCUCGCACCGGCGCCUCGGCCUGGCGCAGAAGCUGAUGGACCAGGCCUCCCGGGCCAUGGUGGAGAACUUCGGCGCCGAGUACGUGUCUCUGCACGUGCGGAAGAGCAACCGGGCAGCCCUGCACCUCUAUUCCAACACCCUCAACUUUGAGGUGAGCGAGGUGGAGCCCAAAUAUUACGCAGACGGAGAAGACGCCUAUGCCAUGAAGCGGGACCUCUCGCAGAUGGCCGGUGCGCUGAGGCGGCAGCUGGAGCUGAGGGCGAAGGGCGGCUCUGCGGUGCUGGGCCCCGGGGAGCGCCCGGAGACGCAGGGCAGCACACGCCCUGCUUCCAGAGAGGCUGGUCAGGAGGAGAAGAACCCGGCCACUGACGGCAGUGGCAGUGACAAGGACCCCAGCCAGGCCACCGAAAGCACGGACGCCCAAGGCAGCUCAGAGGACUCCGACUCCACCUCCUAGAGCCUGCUUCAGCAUCCCAGGCCCUCGUCGGCCACGUCUGCCCUCGGAGCCCUGGCUUAGCCUGUGUCUGCUCUUCAGCAUCGGCUCGGGGGUCAUCUCAUGACCCUGAUGGCUUCUCCUCAACUCUCAACCUCCCACACACCUUGCUGGGAUCGUGACGGAUUACGUGGACACGCGCCUGCUGCCCAAGAGCGAGCGAAGGAAACUGGAGGCCUGCAUCACAGAACCUUCCCCAGCCAACUCGCGCCAUGCUGCCACUUUAUUCUGGUUGUAGUAGUCCUGGGUCGGGUGUGGUUGUCUCUUCCUAGAAUGCCGACCAGGAAGGAAGCAGGGCAAACGCCUGAAGCUCCUCUGCUUGCAGUUUUUGCCAUUAUUUAUCUGGAUUUUUGUCCUUGGGGGGUAGUCAGGACCAUCAGGUCAGGCCUCAUGGCCCUUCUUCCGUCUUUGCCUUUUUCGGCAGAAGUAGCCACUGCAUCUUCCUUUCUCUGCGAACCUGUCCUCUGUCGUGUCCUCCCCUUUUCCUGAGGAGGUGUUCUUCUCGGGGGGCGGCGAGGGCUUUGACCGUGCAAUCAGAGCUUGGAGAUUUCAGGGAAAGGACAACCAGUAAUUAAACUGGAAUAUCUAAUCUG